CUGUCUGCUUCCUCCUGGGCUGGCUACACUCAGGCGUGGGCUGCAGAGAGCUGGGCUGUGGCGCAGGGCAUGGAGACGACCUUUUUGGCCUGGCCCCAGGCCUUUCCUUCCCAUUGUGAGGCAUGGAUUCUUGCCUCCUCCUUUUCCCCACCCCAAGUCUGUGCCACAUCUGCUCUGGGAAGAUGUGGUCUGUGCUUGGCCAUGAAUUCCCAAGGCUUGAAGCAGCAAGGGCUUUGAGGGAGAGGGCUGUGGGGCAGAGGCAGAGAAGCAGAAAUAAGCCUCUGGCCAAGGUCAAGUUGAGCAGAACCUUGGGUUCUUUGUGGGACAGCACAGAGCUGGGGGUCAGACGAGCUGUGCCCAGCAAGUAGGCAGCGGCUAGAUGUGAAAAAGACUCAGAGGAGAAACACAGCAGGACGGGAGAGGGUCUGAAAGCCGGGGAAGCAGGAUGGUCAGGAAGGCCUAGCCCCUCACCCGUUCCCAGGAAACAGGGCCUUGGGAUCCAGAAGGGCACGGGCGGGAGGCACCCGACCCCUGGUGGCAGCGGCAGCAGGCACAGGAGGGCAGCAUGCAGCUGGGGUGUGCGUGGGUGGCAGCAAGGAGGGGCGGAGGGAGGAAGCUGGCUUCCUGGAGCCUUCUCAGCCCUCAGAGAUAGACUGACAGACAGACAGACAGCUGGCAAGAGGCAGCCUGGGGGCCACAGCUGCUUUAGCAGACCUCAUGGCUGAGUGAGCCUCCCCUGGGCCCAGCACCCCACCCCAGCAUGGUCCAGGCCCGUGGAGGGAGCUCCACAGCACAGCCGCCGACCGUUUCUUUGGGGGCAGCCAUGACCCAGCCUCCGCCUGCCAAAACGCCAGCCAAGAAGCAUGUGCGGCUGCAGGAGAGGCGGGGCUCCAAUGUGGCUCUGAUGCUGGAUGUCCGGUCCCUGGGAGCCGUAGAACCCAUCUGCACCGUGAACACUCCCCGGGAGGUCACUCUGCACUUCCUGCGCACUGCUGGACACCCCCUUACCCGCUGGGCCCUUCAGUGCCAGCCACCCAGCCCCAAGCAGCUGGAAGAAGAAUUCUUGAUCCCUUCAAACUUUGUCAGCCCCGAAGACCUGGACAUCCCUGGCCAUGCCUCCAAGGACCGAUACAAGACCAUCUUGCCAAAUCCCCAGAGCCGUGUCUGUCUAGGCCGGGCACAGAGCCAGGAGGACGGAGACUACAUCAAUGCCAACUACAUCCGAGGCUAUGACGGGAAGGAGAAGGUCUACAUUGCCACCCAGGGCCCCAUGCCCAACACUGUGUCGGACUUCUGGGAGAUGGUGUGGCAAGAGGAAGUGUCUCUCAUUGUCAUGCUCACUCAGCUCCGAGAGGGCAAGGAGAAAUGUGUCCACUACUGGCCCACAGAAGAGGAAGCCUAUGGACCCUUCCAGAUCCGCAUCCAGGACAUGAAAGAGUGCCCAGAAUACACUGUGCGGCAGCUCACCAUCCAGUACCAGGAAGAGUGCCGGUCAGUAAAGCACAUCCUCUUCUCGGCCUGGCCCGACCAUCAGACACCAGAAUCAGCUGGGCCCCUGCUGCGCCUAGUGGCAGAGGUGGAGGAGAGCCCCGAGGCAGCCGCCCGCCCGGGGCCCAUCGUGGUCCACUGCAGUGCAGGGAUUGGCCGGACGGGCUGCUUCAUCGCCACAAGAAUUGGCUGUCAACAGCUGAAGGCCCGAGGGGAAGUGGACAUUCUGGGCAUUGUGUGCCAACUGCGGCUAGACAGAGGGGGGAUGAUCCAGACGGCAGAGCAGUACCAGUUCCUGCACCACACUCUGGCCCUGUAUGCAGGCCAGCUGCCGGAGGAAGCCAGCCCCUGACCCUUGCCACCCUCUAACGGCCCAGGUGCCCGCCUCCCUCAAGCCUGGGAAGGUGGGUCUGGGGAAAGUGGGCCGAGUGACCUGGGAGUACCCUAUGGGUGAGUAUGGGAAAGGAGUGCCUCCUUAGCGGCGCUUGCAGUCACAGGAAGCAGCAUCAGCAAGGACAAGGGGCCAGAUUCCAGGUCUUCACCACUGGCCACUCCUCUGCUUCCUCUGUUGGCCCCAGAAGGACAGUAGGGGAACCUCCAAUGUCUCUCUGAACUUAAAGACAGGAAGCCCAGGUGUCCUGGUCUUCCCUACGACACUCUUUGUGAGCUUUAGUUUCCUCUUCUAUAACAUGAACAUUAAGUGCUUAGCUGCCAUAAGGGAAAAGCAAUAAGAGAAGUUUCUAGAAGCCAUUGCAGCUGUAUCCCCUUCCUGGGACUGACAAAAGGGUGAUUCCAAGAUCAUCCACCGAGGCCCUGCCCAAGCACAGGUCAGAUGCAAGAGUGGGGAAAAGUCUGGUCCUGAUCUCCAAGUUUCAACAUCCUAGCAGAGACUCUGCUCCCUGACCACACAUCAGAAGGGCUGGAGACCCACGAUCAAAAGAAAGAACAAGGACUGAGAUUACCCUUGCCUCCACCCAUGUGUCUGAGAGUAGGCUACAGAAGUGACCAGGUGGCAGCUGAAAUCUGGAAGAGGGAACAUUCGAGGCUACUCGGAGGCAAAGAGGGCUGCUCCUGCCUCUGUGGUUGCUGGCCACUCCCACCAAUGACUCUUAGGGAGGCUCUCAGCAGUCUCUGUUCUGCUUCUAUGGCUCAGAUAAUGCCCUGGGUACGCAGGAAGACAAAAGAAAGAGGGGGCUGGGCGUGGUGGCUCACGCCUUUAAUCCCAGCACUUUGGGAGGCCAAGGCGGGCGGAUCACCUGAGGUCAGGUGAUUACAAAAAAUUAGCCUGGCGUGGUG